AGUUACCCCUUCUUUCUGUCUUGCUUUUUUCAAAGAGAUUUGCUGAAGAAGAUGUUCAGAACUCGUUUAAUUAUUUUGAAGCAAUUCUUCAUCAUGAUCACUUCCUCGUGUGAAGAGUGCUCUUUAAGUUAUCAGUGAACCAGGGUGCAUGAAUAAUUUGUCAGAACCAUUUGAUACUCAUUGCCACCCACACUGUGAGCGGAGCACAGGCAGACACUCGUGGGCUGAAGUGUUCAGCAAACCUGCUGUGUCUGACUGCCGCAUCAGAAAAACAAAAAAAAUUACCUCUGAUUUGUGCUUCAGGAUGGCUUUUGCAGAUAACAUUGUGGAUAUCUGGACAAAUUAUUUUGGUCAAAACUCUCUUCUGCAGCCUUUAUGGGACAACCUGAGACUAGACUACAGGGACUAUGUGAGAUCUCCGCUCUUCCCCAUUGUGCUGACUGUCUCUUCGUAUUUCGUCUUCUGCCUCCCUUUUCUUGUUUGUGACAUCGUGGGGGAUAGAUGGCCAUGGGUUCAACGAUUCAAGAUACAGCCGAGCCAGCGGCCAACAGCCUCUCAAUUGCUGCACUGUGCUGGUGUCACCUUGUAUAACCAUGUGUUUCUUUUGCUCCCUGCAUCAGUGGCACAGUGGCUAUGGCGACCACCCGCAGAUCUUCCAGACCAGGCUCCUGCCCUGCUAGAGCUGAUUGUCGGAGUGAUAGGCAACCUUCUUCUCUUUGACUUCCAGUACUUUAUUUGGCACCUGCUCCAUCACAGGAUCCGAUGGCUGUAUGUCACGUUUCAUGCCAUCCAUCACAGGAAAACAAGUGUAAAAGGAGAACUGGUCCUUGAUACAUGGGCAGAGAAAGAGGCAAGACAACUGGAGGUUUAAUGGAGCAAACAAGCAGGAAGCAGAUAGAAAUGGGAGGAGCCAGCAGAGAGCAAUGAACAUCAGAAAGCUUAGGUAGUGUUGGAAAAGUGAAGAAUGACUUUGGAUCCAGGUGAGUUUAUCAGGGAAUUAUAGAAAGCACCUGAAGUAGAAUGGAUGUAGACAAACUGACUAAAUGGCUGAAUGAGCUGAAGCAAGACAGAAAGUCCCAAAUAAAGGUUUCUAUAGUUAUGUUUAU